AGUGAGGCGCCCUCUGACACAGGGCCGCUGCUUUUACGUUAAAAGACGCCGUGUACAUCGCAAGGGCGGGAAGGGGGAAGGGAGGGGCGCCGCCGCCGCGUCCCUCCCCAGGGCGUGGGGUGUUCCCGGGCUCCCGCCUCCCGGGCCGCCCGCACCGGCGCGGCUCAGACCUGGCGUCAUCGCUCCGGGCCGUGACGGCCCUGCCCUGCGCCCGCCGCCCCGGGCCCUGCCGGCCCUGCCCUGCGCACGUUGGCGGCCUUGGCGCAUGGAGGGCGGCGGCGGCGGCGGCGGCGGCGGCUGGGGGCGCGGCCCCGGCCCCGGCCCGGUCCUGGCGCUCCGCGGAGCGCUGAUGGCCGCCAGCGGCGGCAGCCGGCUCUUGGCGGGGCGGUACAGGGAGCCCGGCGAUGACAGUCUCUUCGUGUAUGAUUGCAGCAAUGCAGAGAAGAAGACCUUAGGAAAUAAAGGGCAGGAUGGAAAAGCGACAGAUAAAGGAAGUGAUGACAUCCUAGCUUUUGCCUUCUCCCCAUCAGGAGAUUAUUUUGCCUUGACAGAUGACAGCAAACGUCUGAUUCUGUUCCGCACGAAGCCUUCCUGGGAAUGUGUUAGUGUCAGGUUUGUGAACAGGAGGUGCACUUCCCUGACUAUUACAGCUGCAGAGGAUAAGAUUCUGAUUGCAGACAAGUCUGGUGAUGUCUAUUCUUACUCAAUAACAGAACCCCAAGCAGAGGGAAAACUUCAGCUGGGUCACUUGUCUGUGCUAUUGGAUGUGGCACUGAGUCCCGAUGACCGGUAUAUCCUUACUGCAGACAGAGAUGAGAAGAUCAGAGUCAGCUUGACAAAAGCUCCUUAUAACAUUGUAUCCUUCUGUCUAGGACACAAAGAGUUUGUGAGCAGAAUACUUGUAAUACCUGACCAUCCUGAUCUGCUGUUGUCAGCUUCUGGGGACUCAACUCUGAGACUCUGGGAAUACAGAAGUGGGGAAGAAGUAUACUGCUGUAAUCUAAGCAGCAUCUGUGGGCCUGAGACAACCAAAACUGACCAGAAAUACCCUGUCUCAAGAAUAACUUACUGCUGUCAAGGUGGUUACAUUGCCAUUCUGUGUGACUGUAUUCCCACAGUCUACGUCUUUCAGCUUGAUGCCAGUGCCCGGCAGCUAUUUUACAGGCAGCAAAUCUCUUUGAAACAUAAAGCAUGGGACAUUGCAUUUGAGGAAACAGGAGAUUUAUGGAUUUUGCAGGAAGACAGUGAAGCUCCUCUUCAAUUGUACAGACCAUGUGAUGGACAGUGGAAGCCUAUAACUGAUGACAAGGGAUUACUGAAGAUGUCAAAAUAUCUUCAGGACAACUGGACAGUGUUUGAAGGUUUUGUUGGCACAGAGAGCUACUACAACAGUCUCUACAAGGCUUCAUUUGAUAACAUGGCUGCCUACCUACAGAGGAAAGAGGAAAGAUUACAGCAACAGAAAAAGAAAAAGCAGGAUCUGCAGCAGAGUUCAAAUGGACAAACAAAAAAGAUGAAGACUGAAGAAUCAUCCCUAUGACCCUGUUAGCUUGUAACUUUUGCCUUGCUGAAAGGAACAAUUUGUGGUCUGUUUUUAAAUAUAAAAUGGAUUAUGGAAGAAGACAGGUUUGAACUUUUAUUCAGAUUCAGGUUUUCAGGUAGCCUGAUUUGACAAUGCCCUGCUUGCAGCAGAUAAUGCAUUUACAAUAUGCCUAAGCUUCUAGCAGCAUAGUGUUAGUGCUUCAGUCCUAGGAAUCUCUAAUGCAUGAUAUAUGAAUAUUGGAGGUGGUAUUUUCCUUGAAACAGGAUUUUCUUUUUGCCUGCUGUGUUCAGGCUUUCUUCUUCAGGUGGAAGUGCACUGAUAAAAGUUAUGUGAUUUUUUUUUUUUUUCCCCUGGUUUGGUUUGUGUUGGUUGUUUUUGUUUUGUUUUGAACUUUUUGAAAGGUCUGUUAGUUAAUGCAACCAACUUAAUGUACCUGGCUAUGAAAAAGGGAAUGUAGCAAAAUUCUUCCUCUGUAUGAAAGGUUUUAGCUGAGACUUCGCCAUCUCUGUUUUUACCCUUUACCUUCAGUUUAUAUAGUAGGGAUUCUGCCAAGCUUCUAACCUGUUGCUUCUUACUUGUGGCAUAAAUAAGAAGUGCAAAAAUAGAUAUAUAUUUUUUUACACUGUAAAGUAAAAGUAAAAUGUGUCAGUCAACUUAAUGUUAUUGGAAGAUCCUUCUAUUGCAAUACAAUCCUAGUGUGUCAGUGAGGAUGGCUGAUGAAGCUUAUGAGCAAAUCUUGGGGUGCAUUCUGCUGUUUUCAACAAGAACUCUUACAAGUUGCAAUUAGCCAAGAAAUACAUAUCUUUGAAGAGUUAUCAGUAAGAGCUUUAUGGGAUCACUUGUUGCUUCAUCGUGGGAAAAGACAUACACAUUCAUCUAUCAGAUGGCAUUAUGUUGAUAUGGAAGAUAAUGUACUUCAUAAAACCAGGCAUAGAAAUCGGUACAAUCCAUUAAAGGUAUUCAGAAUUAGCCUAUGAGCCAUUAGUAGUUCUCUAGAUCUCUUUAUAUAGUGGUCCUCUCUGGAGUACCUGGACACGUAAAAAAUUUUGCACUCAAAUUUUAAUUACACUAGUGUGUAAUUGUACAUUGUUGAGAUGUAGCUUGUUUUAUGGAUAUGAGAUAUUUAGCAGUGAAGCAGAACUUGCUGCUUAUGUCUCAGCAAAAUUGCAGUCUUGUCCUUGUUGUGCAUCCCAGAGGACAUGAGUCUUUCUCAUGCUGUUAGAUGUCACAUGUAUUUUCAUAUUCCUUCUGUUUGGAAGUGCCUCCUUAAGGAUAGGGCAUUGUGUGCAGUAGUACAGAGCCAGUCCUUCAUCUCCAGAGUCAUAUUUCUCUUGGGGAUUCCUUUUAAAUAAAGAACCUUCUACCUUGGCAAA